AUGUCUGUCGUUGGAUCCUUGAUUUUCUGCAAUGACUGUGGAAACUUGCUAGACUCUGUUACCGCAAAGCCUACGCUAGACUGUAAAGUGUGCAAAAAAUCUUAUUCCAGCCAGAAGUUUGCCAACUUGAAAGUGGUGACCAAGUCAUCUGAGGAUGCAUUCCCUUCUUCGUUGAGAUUGAAGAGAUCGGUGGUUAAGACCUCGUUGAAGAAUGACGAGUUGGAAGAGGGUGCCACAAUCAAGGAAAAGUGUCCAAAGUGUGGAAACGAGGAGAUGCAAUACCAUACCUUGCAAUUAAGAUCUGCUGAUGAAGGUGCCACGGUGUUUUACACUUGUACGAGCUGUGGCUACAGAUUCAGAACCAAUAACUAG